AUGGAGGAGGACGAGGGGGCUGCGGGAGGCGCGGAGCAGCGGCGCGCCCGCCGCCGGCCCGGGGCCGAGCGUUCCCCCAGCCCCAGCCGCCUGGACGUGAGCUCCAGCCGCUUCGACCCGCUGCUGGCGCUGUACUCUCCCAGCACGCCGCUGCCCUUCCCCGCCGCGCCCUGCUUCAACAACCUCGCCGAGUACGAGAGCUUCCAGCGCGGCCUGCUCCGCCCGCGCGGCCGCCGCGCCGCUCCCUCCCGCCGCGGCCCGGCCGCCGCCCGCGCCGCCCGCCGCGGCCCGCCCGCCGCCGACCCCGAGCGCAUCCAGCGCCUCCGCAGCCUCAUGGUCAACGCGGGCCCCGAGCAGGAGGCGGCCGAGGGCGGCGCGGCGGCCCGGCGCCGGCGGGCGCCGCGCAAUGUCCUCACCAGGAUGCCCCUCCAUGAAGGCAGCCCACUGGGGGAACUUCAUCGCUGUGUCCGAGAUGGUGUAAAAAUCAAUGUCCAUAUCCGCACUUUCAAAGGGCUUCGUGGAGUCUGCACAGGGUUUUUGGUUGCAUUUGACAAGUUCUGGAAUAUGGCCCUGACAGACGUGGAUGAGACGUACAGGAAACCAGUAAUGGGCAAAGCUUUCUAUGCAGAACCUCAGCUCACACUAACCCGGCUGUUUGACAGACUCAAACUGCAGGAGUCCUCAGUAAAGAAGGGAGCUGACUCAAAGACUGUCUCAGAGGAGCUAGCCCUGACAAAUGACUCUCAGACGCUGGGAUUGAAAGUUGGAUCAGGACGAGGGAGAGCAGAAGAUGAGCGCGAGAGGCAGAAACGCUUGGGCAGAGCUGGAGAAAAGAAGAUGCCGGGUGACAGUUUGCAUCUGGCUGCCAGAGGUGAAGCUGAUGUGGGUGGCGGGACUGCCCACACAGAGGGUGCCAGUGCUGGUGGUACCCGUGCAAGAAGCCAGUCACGGAGAAAAAGGCGGCCCAAAGUGGAUUAUCAACAGGUGUUCACACGUCACAUAAACCAGAUUUUCAUUCGAGGAGAGAAUGUCUUGCUUGUCCAUUUAGCACAUUGACUUGGCUGAGCCUUUGUCAGUGUAUUUAUUUAAUAGCAUGAAUUGCCGCUGCAGCUCUCAUUGCUAUUUAGCGUUCUCGUUAAGUAUGAUGGUACUGUGACUGGUUUCCCAUUGCCAUAACAAGGUAGGGGAAAUAAUUCUAACUGGAGCAUCCUGAGCUUGACGCCAAAGCAGCCUCCUUAGGUCUCUGUUGUGGGUCUCUCUCUCUCAAGGUCAGCAAUGCAGUUGUUUCUGUAAGAUGAGGGAGGUAAGCACAGAUCCCACUGCUCCUUAAAAAGAUGCUAAAUGUAGAGGGUUAGAAGAGAAUUUUGGUGUACUCAGGAGCUAAUUGUGGCACACAUUUAAGGAGCUUAAGAUUAGAUACCCACCUGAAAUGAAUCACAAAUGCUAUUUUGCAUGUUCUGAGUAAUCUCAAUAGAGGAUUGCUAAUGAAACCAACAGUUUAUCUGCUGUUGUUACAUGGAUGUCUUCCAGACAUAAUUCUGACAGUCAUUUUGAAAUAGUGUGUAAAAAGGUGGAGUGACAUACUACUGAUGGCUAUUAGCCUCUUCUUCAUAGUUAGCUCUGUAAUGCCCUGUGGGAUAGAAAACCUUUUAAUUGCAAACUGCUCUUUUUCUGUGAAUGAUGGCAGGACUUUAAUUUGUUUUCAGUAUCAAAGUUUAGGCUUCUAUUUGUAAUGCUGUACUUUAGCCCUGUGUCACCAGCAAGCAGCUAAUGUAGCUGAUCCAGGGACCUCCAUGUUUGGAGUUUAUCUGUGGAUGUUGUGGAUGCAGGUGGAAAAUUGUACUUUUAUAUGUCACCCAUUCGCUACUUAGUGUAAUAGUGAAGUUUGCAAAGUAGUUUUUCUUCUCAGAUUUAAGUGUUUGUGCUGAGCACAAUUGUACUGUAUCUAAGCGCCUUUCAAGUUCCCUCUAUUGAAACUAGAGGUGCUGUGUCUCCAGCAGUUCUCAUGGAGCAGAAAUCUUCAUGGGUCUUUGCUAUCCAUAUGAAUGAUGCAUCAUCUAAUUCCAGUUGAACUGAGCUUUGGAGGUGUGCCUAAAAAUGUUUUGAAGUGUAAAAGACAAACUCAGCUCAUCAGUGGUUUUAUUUAAGCAAGGUUGUUAAGCUACUAUAGAUCAGGCCAGGCUUCUGCAGGUAUAAACUGCUUUCCAGGAGAGCUAUGUGCAGAAGUUUGAGGGUAAAUGAAAGCUGUUAUAUUAUCUAGUCUGUUCCCUUAGUUGUCAAAGGACACUAGACUUCACACUGCUAUUCCUAUAUUCGUCUCAACUACCUUAUACUUUGCAGCAGCUCCAUGUGUUUAAGAUGAAGUUGGGAAAUUGCUUUAUAGCAGGUCUUGUCUUGCAUAUAGAGGUCAUAAGUCCUUAAACUGAGUGACUGUACUCUCAGUGACAUAUAUUUCUGUUGCUGCAAAUGCAACAUACUGUUUGUUGUCAUUAGGGGUAUGUCUGGUGUUUGGGUGAAUUACAGAAAUCAUUUAGCAGGGGUUCCUGGACACACAAAGCAGCUAUAUGCCUGAAACUUCUAUGUCAACUUUUCAGAUGACAUGGGGCUUGGAUGGCUGAUCAGCUCAGCCACUGAGCUGCAAACCCAAGUUCAGCCUGCGACAGAAGUGCCUCAGAAUAAAAAGUACUGUUGAGGCAAAACAGUGUCAUCAAGAGUGGGGAGAAAAAAAAAAAAAGGAAAAUUUAAAAAAAGGAAAGAGUAUCUACAGUCUCUUAUUAUAUAUAGCUUUAUUGCUGUAAUCCCUUCCUACUAUGAAUUCAGACUAGGCACUGAAAAGAUUCUUCUCUUGGAGGUUCUUUUUUCCUCUCCUUUUGUGCUGUUCUUGUUUGUGUUCAUGUGGUCUGCAGUUCUUCCCUUCCCUGCCCCCCCGCCCCCCCCUUCUCCUGUCAGUACUUUGUCUCCUCAGGACAUUCUAAACUCUGGUUUAGGAAGAUUGUUCUUGUAUUCACCCCUAGUUGUCUUGGCUUUCUGAACCUUUCCUCACUGGCUGUGUGGUUGCCAACUAACCAGAAUCCUCAGAAAUUAUUAGAAAUGUGUGAAGCUAGAAACAAGGGGCUUAUUUCUGCUUCUGACUUCUCAGCAGCUUUUAUUGCAAGUGAAUAUUUUUCUUCAUUAUGUUUUUGGUUGUGGGUUGUUUUUUUCCCCUCUGCUUUCUGACUGUUUUGUUUUUAUUUCAGUUGCUUGGGAUGACUUACCUCUGCCUUUUCCAUUCAUGCCAAAGGCUACUGGUUUUGACCUCUCAUCUUUCCUUCAUACUUGACCAAAGGGUAUCAGAUCUCCACUCAGGCCUAGGUACUAUGACAUCUAAUUGAAUUCUUGCUUUUCUUUACCUCAUAUUCUUAAUUCUCUUUGCCUGGUUUAUACUGCCUUGGGCAUUAAAUAAGAUAAAACUACCAUGAAUGUUCUUGUGGCUGUACUGCCCUCUUUCCCUGACACUUCAGCAAGUUCUCAGUUGCUACUAGAAGUCUCAGUAUUUCCUUUCAUCAGAAGUUUUUCUCUGAAACCUUGUGGGUGUUUGUUGCUUCACAUCUACAAGUUUCUUUUUUUACAUUUUAUGAAAAAUGCUGGUGCUUAGACUUGCAUUUGUGCCUUGAUUUUUAUAUCAUCACUGACCUGUUCUUCCAAAAUCAUCACCUCGGUCAACAAACCAGGUUAAGAACUAUACAGUUUGUUUACUUUUUUUCUCUACCUCAUUAUUAAACUGUUCCUCCUCUGUUCUCAUUGUUGUCUCCUCUGUGGAGUUGGUUAAAAUUUUCUCUUCCAAUUUAGAUUUAAUGGCUUUUUUGGUGAUUCUUUGUUUCCUACUUCCCUAUCCACCUCUCAUUAUUUCCAAGCUGCUUCCUAAACACUGCCUCUUCUACAACUUCAGAUCUUCCAAAAUGUCUUCCUUUUCCCUACUUUUUCUGACAUUGUAUCUUUUUAAAGCCCAUUAUCAAAAUGCUAUUUUAGGAAUUUUGUCUCUUUCAAGCAUAGCAUUUGUGAUUUUGUCUCUUUCAAGCAUCAUGAUUGUGACUAAGCAAGUGAUCCUGUAUGUGUGUUGUCACUUGCAUGUUUAAUACUUCAGAUAAAGUUGCUCUUUAAAUAAAAUUGAAUGUGAUGUUCUGAAAUGAAGUCUUCUACCUCACUUAAGUAUCCAUGUAAAUCUGUUUAAAAAAAAAGAAAACAACCCUUGGAAACAA